GCCGCUGCGCGGUACGUAGCGCUGCGGGCGGGAAGGUUGAGCGGCCGGUGCGCCGAGCCUGCGGCGUCAUGCGCGGUGCCUUCCACAGGGCUGAGUCUGGGACGGAGCUCCUUGCCCGACUGGAAGGUAGAAGUUCCUUGAAAGAAAUAGAACCACAGCUAUUUGCUGAUGAAGAUUCACCUGUGCAUGGUGAUAUUCUUGAAUUUCAUGGUCCAGAAGGAACAGGAAAAACAGAAAUGCUUUAUCAUUUAACAGCACGAUGUAUACUUCCAAAAUCGGAAGGUGGACUGGAAGUAGAGGUCUUGUUUAUUGAUACAGAUUACCACUUUGAUAUGCUUCGGCUUGUUACAAUUCUUGAACAUAGACUAUCCCAGAGUUCUGAAGAAAUAAUAAAAAACUGCCUUGGGAGAUUUUUUUUGGUGUACUGCAGCAGUAGCACCCAGUUACUUCUCACACUGUACUCACUAGAAACUAUGUUCUGCAGUCACCCCUCUCUCUGCCUGUUGAUUUUGGAUGGCCUGUCAGCUUUUUACUGGAUAGACCGUGUCAAUGGAGGAGAAAGUGUUAACUUACAGGAGUCUACUCUGAAGAAAUGUUCUCAACUCUUAGAGAAGCUCGUAAAUGAGUACCGAUUGGUUCUUUUUGCAACAACACAAAGUAUAAUGCAGAAAACCUCAAACUCAGCAGAAGGGCCUUCUUGUGCCUUUAAUCGCCAGAGCGAUGUGGAUGUAGACUAUAGACCUUAUCUCUGUAAGGCGUGGCAACAUGUGGUAAAGCAUAGAAUAUUUUUCUCCAAACAAGAUGAUUCUAAAACUAGCCACCAGUUUUCUUUAGUGUCACGUCAUUUAAACAGUAACAGUUUAAAAAAACAUUUUUUUAUUAUUGGAGAAAGCGGUGUUGAGUUUUGUUGACAUAUAUCAUAAAAUGGUCUUCUUGUAGGAUAUUAUGCAAAUUUUAAAAAUGAUUUGUUCCAAAGUUUUCAACUCUAAGGGAAUUUAACAUAACUGUGUCUCUACACAGAAUGGAUUUCUUAAACUAUUGCAGUAGAGCCUCACGCUGUUCUGUCCCUAGGUUGUUGGAGGUUAUUCAGGGUGAUAAUAACAAUGCAACUACAUUAAGUCGUUUUAACCUAAAUAAAAUAUUUAUAGAUACAUUUCAGUCCAAAUAAAAUGGAAUUUUAUAACUUUGUGUCACAUUUCUGGAAUUUAGUUACAUACUUGUUUAGGAAAGUUGAAAUACAUGUCUGAUUUUUCAUAUGUAACUCCAUUAAGAAGCUGUGAAUUUGGAAAAUGAUUCUGUAGAGCUGUUAUUUCUGUAAAGGGGAUGAAAACAAGGAGCCCACCCAAUCUGCCUUUCACACCAAAGACCAUGGAAAGUCAGGGAAUGUCAAUGUGAGUUGCACUGAAUUCUAGGAUGGGGCUGCGUUGUGGUUGCAUUUCUGUAUAAUCGUUAAAACACAAGGAAAUAAGAUACCCAUUCAAGGAAUUCUGUGAAGACUGAAAUUUUCAUCUUUCUUGUUAAGUGAUAGGUAAAUGCUAAAACUAUAUUGUAAGAACUGUAUGUUACUGGUGUUUUCUUUCCCACUUAGAAUGUAGUUCAGAUAUACCCUGAAAUGAAUCACAAUGUUUCCAGCUGAGAGUUGCACAAGGUUCUGGAUACUUUGGUCCAGUAAUGGCCAAAGAGGGGGGGCAUGCACCUCCAGGGGCACACAAGGUCGUGUAUUGUGAGGAGGAAGAAACUGUUGGAACUUUGAUUCAUAUAUUUUAAUCUAAGAAAAGGUUAAAUUAUAUCAGCAUUUGAUAUUUGGAUUGACCCUGGCACUCACUCAGCCUGUAUAUCAGAUUGCCUUACGUCACAUGUACGUUUGAGGUGUCCUGUGGGAAAAGUGGAUAGAAUUGACUGUGGUGUUCUCAGGGGUCUGCUCAUGUAUGUGUAGCCUAUUUAGCUUACACUAACUGUAGGUUCACUUAUCUCACACAGAUUCUUUAUAAGGGCUUAAAAGAUCAUCUUCAUAACGCAGGCAUAGCAGAUGCAGCACAUGCUGUCGGUACCUGGGGCUCCUCCAGCUUACCUGCAGUUCCCAAAACCCAGAGACGUCUGAAGGUGUUUUCUGAACGCCAGAGGCUGCUGGGCUGCAUGUGGGCCAGGCUGGGCAGUCCUCAACCAGUGAGGGUCAGGUUGUGGUAGAUGAAUACUCCUGCCUCCUCACCUCUCAGUGAGGACACCUAGGUAUUUCCCAGGGUGGCCCUGGUGGGACUGAUUUCCAGUUGCUCACAGCGGUAAUCUGCUCAUCAGCUCACCAUGUCUCGCCUUCCAUCCUUCCCCCUCGCUUCCCCACUCUCACGGCGCCUCCUGGGGUUGUCUCCUUAAUGAACAAAUCCUUGUCCAGGAACUACUUUUGUUGUGGGUUGAGGGGCAACCAAACUGUCAGCAGGCAAUAAAAAAGUCAUCAGACUAACAGCCCUUCCAGGCCCGGUAUUUGCUUUUCAGCCACAUUAUGGGAUUUGGGAAUGACAGCAUUCUCAUUGGCAAGCGAGUUAAAUUACAUUGGGUCAUGUUGCUGCCAUUCACAGCCACUUACUGUGUGCCUUCAGUGCUAUCUUGCCAUUAAUAUACUUUAGAAUAUUUACAUAUUUUAUCCAUAGUUCAUCCUUUUCAGUUUAUAUUUUUGUGUAUCUUAUUACAUGCACUACAUGUUACACAUAAGUAAUUUAUAAAUAUGUUUGUUGGGGAAAUACGCUUAUUUUCCUCCCCUGAUAAGAGUGUGUAAUCAGUAAGAGUGACAAUCUCUUGCUGUACUUGAGAGGUCUUCUCCUUUUAGCUGUUGAGAUGUGAAAAUUCUGUUUGUUACCUUCCCUGUGAAGCUCUGGGCAUGUGUUACAUGUGUUUAUGAAAAACUUAGCAACUCUUAGCAGAAUUAUGGCCUUGACUAUGAUGAGAGUUUCCAUUUCUCCUCUGUAUAAAUGAAGUGCUAAUUUAAUGGACUGUAUUCACAGAUUUGUAACUUAUUCCUCAGGAACAUGAUUAAAAAAUAAUGAACUUUUAUAUUAACUUAAAUUAUCAAUUAUAUAUUAAUGUGUCAGACCAAAGACUUAGUUAUCUUAAAAAGAUUUGUUAUCUGACAUGUUGGAAGGAAUUAAGA